AUGAAAUUGGGACCUCUUCUGCUAUUGACUUGUGCGUCAUCUUUCGGUGUGGCAUCACCGAUAUCUGCUCUUUGGAAAAGGUUCACCGAGAACUCUCCAUCAAAUAUACAAGCAGUCAAUGCAACAACCUUCACAUACCCACAAACGGAGUCUGGUGAACUGUUCCCCAUGGAAUCAUGCCAAGGCAUUACGCUUGAAGGUGCCACAAUCGACCAACUCCAAGACUACCUAGAGAAGAAAAUGCUGACCUCGCAAGACCUUGUACGCUGUUAUGUCAACCGGUAUCUGCAGAUCAAUAGUUAUGUCAACAGCAUAAUGCAGAUAAACCCAGAUGCGCUGUCCAUUGCAGCUGAAAGGGACGAAGAGAGGGCUUAGGGAUUCGUGAGAGGCCCUUUGCACGGAAUCCCAUUCGUGGUCAAAGACAACUAUGCCACCAAGGACAAAAUGGACACAACUUGCGGCUCGUGGUCAUUGCUUGGCUCAAUCGUUCCUAGAGAUGCCCACGUCGUUUCCAAGCUCAGAGACGCAGGUGCUGUACUGUUCGGUCACUCAACACUGAGCGAAUGGGCUGACAUGCGAUCCUCCGAUUACUCGGAAGGCUACUCUGCUCGUGGAGGGCAAUCGCGCUCUCCUUUCAACUUGACUGUAAACCCCGGUGGAAGCUCUUCCGGAAGUGCAGCUGCAGUUGCCGCAAACAUGAUCAUGUUCAGUCUCGGCACAGAAACAGACGGAAGCAUCAUCGAUCCGGCCAUGAGAAAUGGGGUAGUAGGCUUCAAACCCACUGUUGGGUUAACUUCUAGGUCAGGAGUCAUCCCAGAGUCCGAACACCAGGAUACCACGGGCUCUAUCGCUAGAACGAUGAGAGACGCUGUGUAUGCCUUCCAAGCUAUGUGGGGAGUCGAUGCCAGGGAUGUAUAUACUCUGAACCAGACAGGGCAUGUGCCUGAAGAUGGCGAUUAUGUGAAAUUUCUCUCGGACAAGAGUGCCCUUAAAGGUGCAAGAUUCGGACUUCCAUGGGAAAAGUUGUGGAGUUUGGCAAAACCGGAUCAGAUCGAUACCCUUCUUAAAGUCGUGAGGACACUUGAAGACGCUGGCGCAGUCGUGUACAACAACACCAACUUCAAAAAUCUAGACGUGGUUUCAAGCCACGGAUGGAAUUGGGACUUGGGAAGCACAAAUGAGAGUGAGUUCACAGUUGUGAAGGUCGAUUUUUACAACAACAUCAAAACGUACCUUAGUGAGCUUCAAAACACCGAGAUAAAAUCAUUGGAGGAUAUCGUGGAGUAUAACAACAAGUACACCGGCACCGAAGGAGGCAUAAACGGCACAGUUUCUGCCUUUGCCUCGGGCCAAGACUCCUUUUUGGACUCCCUCGCCUGGGGUGGCGUAAGAAAUGAGACCUACUGGCAAGCGGUCGAGUUCGUUCAGAGAACCUCAAGAGACGAGGGUAUCGAUUACGCACUCAAUUACACUGAUUCAAAGACCGGGGAAAACUUUCAGUUAGACGGUUUACUUGUUCCCAGUGGGCUUUCCAUUACAUACCAACAGGCUGCAAAAGCAGGAUACCCUAUGGUAACACUUCCCAUUGGUGUAGAUAAAACAAAUGGCAGACCUUUUGGUCUUGGGAUCAUGCAGAGCGCUUGGGAGGAGCCGAAACUUAUUACUUAUGGUUCAGCGAUUGAGGAUCUGUUGAAGUUCGAG